UUUAUUCAGAAAAAAAUAUGAAUAUUUGUCAUUUAAAACACAUUUCGGUGCAAUACUUUCGAUGUUUAAUCGAUGCACAUAAGGCAGAUGAUUGUUAGUAACCUCAGAAAUGCGGGAAAAGGAGUAAUUUCUCUUCACGAUCGAAGAAAAUUACUAAUUAGUGAAGAUGGGCCCCGGCCAAAGCACAUUUCACAAGUGUGUCGUCUGUUGUUGUGGAGUGAACACACAGCUUCAUGACAAUUGACAUAUAUGCAGAUAUGCAUGUAUGUACCCUUGAAUUGAAAGGUACGAAGUGGUGAAAAAGUUGACGCUGUCUAAAGAGCAUACCCACGACCAGGCCACGUCUCACUCUCGACCCCGUGUGGUGAACUGUACUGUUAUAACUUACUGACAUUUAAAAAAACACUGCCACGAUGGAAGAUAGUGAUACAGAACAAGUCGUACAGCCUGUCUCUACCACAUUCAUAAAAGAAGAACCAAUCGAUCCUGAGGAGUAUGAAACAGAGGCUCAUGAUGCUGAAAAGGGUGAUAAUGGGGAUGAAGAUUAUCAUCCAGACAAUGAUGAACAAUAUUCUGACAGUGGUACAGAUUCUGAGGCGAAGGAGCAUGAUGGUAUUUUCGUCGAAGGUGCUCAUCCUUCUGAAGCAAAACAAGAUGUGCACGAUGCCAAGAUUGAGUCGCUGGCAGAUGGGAUCAAGACGGAACCAGUCGACUCACCGGAGCUCUCAAGUUCCAUUGGCAUGAUUGAGCACACCCCAGGAAGUUUUGAACUGGAGCAUUCCGGACAGAGCAGUAGCAGUCAUGGAGAAAUAGAUCUGGACAAUGUGUCAUUGGAUGACAAGUUUAAGCCGCGGUAUUUGGGCGGGGCUCUCUCGGACUCCACGAUACAGGGGGUGGAUUCUAGCAGACGCCGUAAUAUGCGUUUUGCAAACAAUCCACUUAAGUGUAAACAUUGUGAUGGAACAUUUGUGUCGAGGAAGGAUCUGAUUUGCCACGAGCGCGAACACCUUGGCUUGAAACCGUACAAAUGCGAACACUGCGAUAAAAUUUUCUCAGGGGUUGGGGGCUUGAAUCGCCACUUGCGUAUUCACACUGGUGAAAAACCUUUUCAGUGUGAUUAUUGUGAAAAAUCUUUCGCCCUGAAGGGAAAUCUUGUCAAACAUUACGAAAACAUCCACAUCGGAGAAAAAUCUUAUAAAUGUGAAUGUUGCGAGAAGACGUUCAAGCAGAGUAGUCACUUGACUACCCAUUCCCGUAUUCAUACUGGAGAAAGACCUUACUCUUGUCAGUACUGUGGCCGUGCUUUUUCGUCACAUUCCAACCUGACGGCACAUGAAAGAACGCACACCGGUGAAAGACCGUACAGUUGUGGAAUAUGCCACAAAACGUUCAAGCGACGUACAGACCUGAAACGUCACGAAUCGGUCCACACGGGUGAGACACCAUUCGUUUGUCGCUACUGUAACAAAUCUGUGCUUUGCCAGCGCACGUUGACGAAUCACGAGGCAUUACAUUUCCGUGAAAAAGUAGAACACAAAUGCGAGUUAUGCAAACGCGUCUUUUCUAAUGGGUACUUGUUAAAGAAGCAUGCACGGAUGCAUGAGACGAAUUACGAGUGCCAGUUCUGUGGAAAAGUGUUCGCCCGGAGCUCGCAUCUUCAAAGUCACUUGCGUAUUCAUACUGGUGAAAAACCCUACUCUUGUAAACAUUGUGGUCAGGUGUUUUCGGCGCCAAGUAAUUUGAUCGCACACGAGCGCAUCCACACAGGUGAAAAACCUUUUAAGUGCAAGUUGUGUGACAAAGCUUUCACUGCGCAGAGUAAUUUGAUCGCUCAUGAACAGACGCAUUCGGAUACCAAGCCGUACGGAUGUGAUCUUUGCGAUAAAUGUUUCAAACAGAGCAGCAAGCUUAAGAAACAUGUGAAGAAGCAUCAUCCUGAGGCAGUGCCGUUGAGGAUUACAUCUGGGCCUAUCCCGGUCGGUACGGAGCGCAACACAUGGUCAAGCUUUAAGGCACCAGCAUCCAAGAAACGUGCUGCCAAGUCCAAAGUCAAAUCUCCUAAAUGGGAGACAAGUUCGCCGCAUGUUACAAUGGGUAUGUUGAUUAAGAAAGAACCGGUGGACGCUUCUGAUCAUGCGGUUGAGGAGGGCGGGUCUGAUAAUGUGAUGGAGCAUAGUGGGCCAAACGAUAAUGUCCAUAAUGGUACACCGAGGGCUGCAACAGUCAUGGAAGGUGCGAUUGAAUCUGAGACGGGAGAUUUAGAGGAGUUUUCUGUUGGAAUAGCAAAUUAUUCCAAUUCUGGGAGUGACAGUGAAAUGAUGUAUGAUUCCGAUGAGGAGCCCCAACGUUCUUUAGAAAAUAAAGAUAGGGACUUGCCUGAGGUCGCAGAUCACCAAAUCACUAGAUCUUCAAGUUAUGAUUCAAAAAAGUUACUCGGCUCUGAAAUGUUAUUGAAGACAAACAAUGGUGUAAAAGCUGAUAUCGAUGAAUCUCCAGAAGGCAGAUUAGACGCUCAACACAGGUCACUCCAAAAACGACUCGCAGAAGUGAAUUCUGUUUUGGAAGACACUUUCAAAUCAGUACCAGGUGUUCUCAAAGAAGGUGCUGCAUCAUGAAGUCGGCAUUUACACGCGGCCAAGACAGGGAGGGAAAUUGAAUCUGCAGAAGAUGGAGCCAAUGUUGGAACUGAUGAAUUGCCCCUUGAUGACACAUAGUUAAUGACAUGUUCAACAGAAUGAAGAUAACAAGGAACCCUGUGCGAGUCUGCAGAAUAAAAACAAACCCUGGCAUUUUCAGGUAUUCUGGCACUGCUUGGUGUAAAAUGUGUCAUUUCAGUAUGAAAUUGGAAAAUAAUAGUCCAGGUACACAUUAAGGUAAAUAUUCUGGUCAGUGUGGCCAACUUGAGAGGCGUAGACAUGUAGAAAUGUGUGGUUUAGAAUCAUCAAAUGUAUGUAGUAGUGGUUCAUGAAUAUGAACAUGCUAGUGUGUGAACAAUUUAUCCAGAUAACUACAUGUAUUGCCAUAGAACAUUGUGUACAUGUACUUAGUCCACAUUGUGUCUAGUUGAAUUGUUAUA